AGUCACGCCAGUCACUUGUCGCGGACGCACAUGUACACACGGACCAUUUGAUUAAUUGCUUAUUUAUUCUCCUUGUAUCUCUAUCGAUUGUUAUUAACGUGUAACACUUACUAUUAUUUUGAGGUGAAAAUGCCAUUUCCGGAUACCAUGAACGGUCACGACAGCUUUCCGGCUGUCAAGCGAUCGACCAACAACGACGUGCAAUUGAAUUCAAAGCAUGCGCGAUAUACGUACACUUUUGAAACGUUACAGGAAUCAGCAAAGUACUUAUUGGAUCGUAUCAAAAUCAGACCGAAAAUAGGAAUUAUAUGUGGCUCGGGAAUAGGAUCAUAUGAGCAAAACGAGUUGUGUCCAGGUUCGCUCGCGGAAUCCCUCCUGGACAAGCAAUGCUUCCCCUAUGAGGAAAUCCCGCAUUUCCCGGUGUCCACGGUAAAGGGCCACACCGGCCAAAUGGUCUUCGGCUAUCUUCAGGGAGUGCCAGUCAUGUGCAUGCAGGGCAGAUUUCAUUAUUACGAGGGUUAUCCGCUGUGGAAGUGCGCGAUGCCGGUGCGGGUGAUGAAGCUAGUAGGUGUGACGCACCUAAUCGCCACGAAUGCAGCCGGCGGUUUAAAUCCCACUUACAAAGUCGGUGAUAUCAUGAUAGUGAAGGAUCAUGUGAAUAUGAUGGGUUUUGCCGGCAACAAUCCUCUUCAAGGACCAAAUGACGACAGAUUUGGUCCCCGAUUUCCACCCAUGAACAAAGCUUACAAUGCUGCGCUGAGGGAAAUCGGUGAACAAGUAGCCGAGGAAAUGGGCAUUAAGGGCAUCGUGCAUAAAGGGGUUUACACGUGUUUGGGUGGACCGAAUUUCGAGACAGUGGCGGAGCUGAAAAUGUUGAGAAUGAUCGGAGUCGACGCAGUUGGUAUGUCCACGGUUCAUGAGGUGAUUACUGCCCGGCAUUGCGACCUCACUGUGUUCGCAUUUAGUCUGAUCACUAAUCAAUGCGUUACUGAUUACGAAGAUCUCGGCGAGGCAAAUCAUGAGGAAGUGAUGGAUGUCGGUAAAGCGCAGCAGUCGCUUCUUCAAGAAUUCGUGUCCAAGAUCGUGAUGCGUCUUACGGAUAAUAUUAUAGGAUUAGAAACGAAAUGACUCGUUUGAAACAUUCUAUGUCGAUCGGGACGAUUCGCUAUGCGAAAUCUUAAAUCGUUGACUUAUUCGUUUUAGUUUUCGUAAUUAGAUGAAGCUUUGAGAAAGCCUUUGUUUGUUGAGAAUCGAGAAAUUGAUAAUGCAAAACUAAUAUUUUAAUUGUGCAACUUUUUGUUACUUUUUAAUUGAGUUUAUUGUUAAUUGUACAACUGUUCUCUGUUAAUUCUUAAUUGAGUCUUUUGUGAGAAAAAUGUCAUGGCUUAAAUGUAGAUCUAACGCAGGAUAAAUUAAUCGACAGGUCAGUCCUCCAAUCUUCAUUAUUCUAUCGCAGUUACCUAUUUAGUGGCGCCCGAGUUCUACUUAUCUGAAUUUGAGCUCAAUCAGAUCUCAAUUGAUUCGUUACACGUCUUGAGGGGCUUCGACGAAGAAAGAGAUGAGGAAGGGAGAGAUAGGAGGGUGUGGAGGGUUUAAAGACGGAGGGUUAGUCGACGCUUUCUCUCGAUUUUCCCUCGUUUCGUUAUCCUCAUCUCGUUUCCGCGCUCUUCCAUCGCUAAUGCAUCGUCGUUCAGCUCCGAUAAAUCUCGGAGCUUGAAGACCAUACGGCGUAGGAAUGUUGAAUUAAAUUAUGAUUCGACAAGCGGAAAAAUUGCGCGGUAGUUGAACGAAUCCGAUUGGCAUCUUCUUGCUAGGCGUGCAAUACUUUGCAUCACGAAAUUCUUGUACUUUAAACAAAUCUAUUAUUUAAAAAAAUACUAUUAAAAAUUGUUACAUUUUAAGAAAUUGCAAAUACAUUAGGUAAUUUUAAAAUACUAUAUAUUACGACUCUAUACAUUUUUAAAUGUAGGAUACAAAAAAGACGAAUGAAAGAAAGUAAGAUAUUGAAAAUUAAUUAGAAGAUUUACUCUUGUAAGUUUUAUUGUAAAUAAAAUAGUAUUUAGGUAAAGAAUGUAAUACACAUACAAUUAUUAAAAUCCUGGAACUUUA